ACAUCCGGUCCUUAUUCAAAUUCCAUACAGUAGCCAAUCAGAGUUCAGAGCGAGCCAUUACAUCUGACAACACCAACCUCGCUCAACGGAGAAUCGGUAGACUACUUUUCAUUUUGAAAUUUUUUCCAAACGAGCGCGGUUAGUUAACCGUGGAUCUCCUUCCUCGUCGACCUAUGGUUGUAUAUUCACGUGCUGUUUCGUAGGGCUGUUAACGCCAUAUCGCAGUCAGUUGAAUUAGAGAAAUGAAGUGAUUUAUGGCUGUUUUGAAGUCUGAAGCGUGCAUUUUGGCUUCGAGAAGAUAAUGGGUGCGUAAAAAAUAGUGGAAUUUUUUUAAUGUUCAUGUUCAGUUGCAGAUCCUCUUGUUGAAACCAAGCGAGGUUUGACACCCAUGCAGCUAUGGGUGUAAUUGAUCCUUGUACACAGCAGUUUUUCAAACUGAAAAUGGUUCUAGUGCUGUUGAACAUGCUGCUACAGGCAAGUGCAGCAGAUGCUUAUUCUAGCCUUGUGAAAGAUCUUUUUUCAUCCAUAUCCUUUACUUCUGACAGUGCAAGAAGCCAUUCUGGGAGAUUGAAUCUGCGCCUUCGGUGUGUGGUAAGUGCACGAAUUCCUGUGCUUUCUAAUUUCGCUAAUUCUUAGAUGGUAAAUUAAAAGAAUACUCUUUCUUUUUGAUACAGAUUCGUUUAGAAACAUUCAUUUGAGGACAUAGUAUAUUUCUUAACAUCAUUUUUUGCUUUUCAGAUCCUCUUCCAGAGAUGUUUCUGAAGCAUGCAUAUUAGACCCUACAAGUUUGACCCUAAGGGGUUAUAAAUUAAUGUUCACUUUGAGGAGUCAGAACUCAGAGAGAUAUAUUUCAAAGAAUUAUUGUUAUAUGCAGUGAAUAACUUGCUUCAUGUUGCA